AUGGGUAUCAAUCGAAGAAGCGCGAAAAAUGGACGAUGGACGAGAAGAGGUUUCGAGAUCAAGAAGUCGUUGUCGUUUCGUGCCGUGUUGUUGGGAUAUUGUAUGCGAAAGAAGGAGGUUGGCGUAGCGAGAGGUUGGAAGAGGGAAGUUGAUUAUGAGACGUUGCGCUGGUUCAGGCGAAACGAGUAG